AUGGCCAAAAAGUUCUGCUACAAAGCCAAAGUCGUCGUCUCUACCUCCAUCAUAGUGCUGCUUCACUGCGCUGCCGAGGUCCUUGAGAUAACAGAGAACAAACCCGAGGCCAAUUUGAUCCAUGAAACGGGAAAUUCCUCUCCAAAAGUCAAGAGCCUCAACAAAUCCAUUAAAACCUUGAAGUCUUGCGAGCGAGUGUUGCCACUCGCCGAAACUCUAAGCAUCCUAGAGCUGCACUGA